GCGAGAGUCAAAGCAUCAUUGCAGUUUCUGAUGUAGUCUGGGGUUUUAAAGUAAAUUUAAUAGAUAUUUCCUCAUCUUUUUCAUUCAUCCCAUUGAGGGGAGGAUGAGCGCUGAGGCGGCAGACAGAGUUGCUGCUGUGGCCAGCAGCCGGCCCGGUACUCCUCUCCAAACUUCCUGGUUUGAAUUCCUCCUGGAUGGCACCCUGUUGGAGAGUCACCUCCAGAAGUCAAACCCAGAUCCCACACCAGCUCAGUUAAUCAUCCAGUUCCUUGAGCAGGCAUCUAAGCCUUCAGUGAAUGAACAGAACCAAGUGCAGCCACCAGCAGACAACCGAAGGAAUCGCACUUUGAAAUUGCUGGCAUUGAAAGUAGCAGCCCACAUGCGGUGGGAUCUGGAUGUGCUCGAAAAAGGCUUGACCAUCCCAGUGCUGAACAUGUUACUGAAUGAACUCCUGUGUGUGAGCAAGGUGCCACCAGGUGUAAAGCACAUAGACCUGGAUCUGUCCACUCUGCCACCUACCACUGCCAUGGCGGUCAUCAUCUACAACCGCUGGGCCAUCAGAACCAUUGUGCUGAGCAGUUUUCCAGAGAAACAGGCCAAACCGGGGCCCCACCAGAUGAACAUGUUGAGUAUUGUGCAACAGGAAAAAGAAAUGACAGAAAAUAUCCUCACUGUGCUGAAAGAGCAGGCCACAGACUCCAUUAGUGUGUUGGAGGGAAGUCUGCAGCUGAAGAAGAACUUUUAUGUCCACACCCUGAGGACUCUGGAUCUGUUGGCCGCUGAUGGCACCACUGCCAAUGGAGAGACUGAGUCCUCCACUGCAGGACUACGGAUCAGUGCAGACGAGCUCCAUUGUCAGGUACAUUAUGACUUGGGAGCUAUUUUCUUCCAACAAGGCUGCACAGAUCAGCUUACCUACGGGAAGGCCAGGGAGCACUUCAGACAGACCAGGGACCUGUUACAGAAGCUGGACGCAGCUCUCCAUGUCCACUUGGAUGAGAAGCGUCUGGCUGGCUACUGGAAUGCCUGCAGGGCCCUGACAGGAACGUCAGACCCCUCUGACUCCCAGACCACACCCUACAGCCAGAUCAACAGCCUCAUCCGGACACGCAACCACCAAGCCCUUGUUGAAGCUUUCGUCAAAGACAACGUGUCUCGCAGUUUGCCAAACCAUUUCAGACAGUCGGUCCUAAGAGAGUUCCUGCAUAAAGUCCAGCAAGGCGAGCGGGGCCUGGAUGAGGUGUGCAACAAGCUGUGCGUUUGCAACGCCGUGCGGAACGCUCUGGAGGGUGAAGUCCUUGGCGUGCGUUUCCAACAGCUUCUCCUGAAGCCGAGUAAACGAAUGGUGGACUUCAUUCUAGAGGUGUGCACACGCUCAUUGGAAAAAGACCGCCCAUCUGAGAUUUCCAGAAGGAACAUGGCCAACUUCAUGAAGACUGUGUGUGAGAGUCUGGAAGAGCUUUCCCUGGUGUUUGUGGUGUCUUCGCACAAGCUAUUUAUGGAGCUUCUGAGGGAGGAGGAGAGGAAGGUCCUGGUAGAGCAGAUGAGGAAGCGGUCGGCCACCAUCAACCUCAGUGCCAAGCCUUUGCCUUCAUUCUACGACAUUCCAGCCUCGGCUAGUGUGAACAUCGGUCAGUUGGAGCAGCAGCUCAUCCUCUCUCUGGAGCCGCGCAGGAUCAGACAGAUCCUCAUCGAACUCCACGGCUUGGCUGAACGACCCUUCUGGAGGGUCAACAGCAAGUGGGAAGUUCCUUCAGACUACAUCAACGUGAUCCUCAGCAUCAAAGACAACCUGACCAAAGACCUGGUCUACAUUCUCAUGGCCAAAGGCCUCCAUUGCAUCUUGAUAAAGGACUUUAUGCAUGCGCGGCAGCUGUUCACGGCUUGUUUGGAGCUGGUGACGGAGUUCUCCCCCAAGCUGAGACAAGUGAUGCUGAAUGAGAUGCUGCUGCUGGAGGUGUGUGCCCACGAGUCGAUGGCGGCCGAGGGCAGCAGAGAGAGGCCACCUCCAGACCUGGUCAGUCGGGUCAGAGGUUACCUGGAAAUGAGGAUACAUGAUCUACCACUGCGUCAGGUGGUGGGUGAGGAGUGUGUUGCCUUCAUGUUGAACUGGAGAGAAAAUGAUUAUCUGACUCUACAGGUGCCCCAGUCUCUGGUCAUGAACAACCCUUACAUCAAGCUCGGCCAGCUCCUUGCCUCCACUUGUAAGGAGCUCCCAGGUCCUAAAGAGAGCCGGCGCACAGCCAAGGAGCUAUGGGACGUGGUGGUGCAGAUUUGCAGUGUGUCCGUCCAACACAAGAGAAACAACGAUGGCCGUGUGGGCCUCAUCAAACACAGAGAAUCCACCAUGGGCAUCCUGCAAAGGAGCAAAUUCAUCACUUUCAUCAAGAAACUGAGGGAACCGUUGGUACUGACCACCCUCAUCUCACUGUUUGUGAGGUUCCACAGUAUAGUGCGGGAUGACAUUGUCAAUGAAGUGACGGCAGAGCACCUCUCCAUUUGGCCAUCUUCUCUCACCAACAUUCAAGCAGUGGAUGUGGAGGCUGUGGCUGUGACGGUCAAAGAGCUCGUCUCGUACGCCCUCACCCUGAACCCCAACAACCAGUCCUGGCUCAUCACACAGGCUGACAUCUAUUUUGUAACCAACCAAUACUCUGCUGCCCUGCACUUCUACCUCCAGGCCGGGGCUGUAUGCUCUGACUUCUUCACCAAAGCCAUUCCUCCUGAUGUCUACACAGAUCAGGUCCUGAAGAGGAUGAUCAAAUGCUGCUCGAUGAUGAACUGCCACACGCAGGUUGCCGUUCUUUGCCAGUUUCUAAGAGAAGUGGACUACAUGACAGCAUUCAAAGCUCUCCAAGAACAGAACAGUCAUGAUGCCAUGGACUCAUUUUACGACUACAUCUGGGACGUCACCAUCUUGGAAUAUCUCACACACAUACACCACAAAAGGGGUGAGAGUGAAAAGAGACAAAUGGCAAUUAAGGCGAUUGGGCAGACAGAGCUGAACGCCAGCAACCCAGAAGAAGUACUGCAGCUGGCUGCACAGAAGAGGAAGAAGAAAUUCCUGCAAGCUAUGGCUAAACUCUACUUCUGAAAAUGACAAGGACAUUUUUUAGUGUUGGAA